AUGACCGAUACAGCUGAUGUGGAUGCGGCACCCUACCGCGUGGCUAUAUUGUUGUUUGCGGCUCCCCAUGAACAGUUUGACCGUUGUUGGAAAGAAUCCCCGCACUUUGUCGAUGGGGCUCCCCUGCGCUCUCAACUUAUCAGGGGUAACUUGCUCUUUCGUCGAGAUUUGGCUACACGCCUCCUCUGUCGUGAACCCGAUCCACAUUUGGCACAAGCUAAUCAGUGCUUCAAGUGA